AUGUAUCCUCACCACGCCUCCACAAUUCAAAACACCACCGCCUACUUCUCCUCCAACCCCGAUGUCUUGGCCCUCCUGCUAAGCGGUUCGAUCGCGCACGGCUUCGCCACCGAGACGUCGGACGUUGACAUGCUCAUCAUCCUGACCGAGGAAGCCUACGCCCGCCACCGCGAGACCCGCCAGCUGACCUUUGUCAACUUCGACCUGGCCACCUAUCCCGGCGGGUUUGUCGACGCAAAGUAUCUCUCGCUCGGUUUCAUACGCGACGUGGCGGAGCGCGGGAGCGAGCCAGCCCGGUUUGCGUUUGCGGGCGUGCAGGUACUGUUCAGCAAGAUUGAAGGGUUGGACGAGGAGAUUAAGAAGGUGGUUCGGUACCCUGUUGAAAGCAAAGAGGACAAGAUCGUGCGGUUCCGGGUGCAGUUGGAGGCAUGGCGGUGGUUUUCUGCCGAGGGGAGGCAGAAGAAGAAUGCGUAUCUUCUUGGUUUGGCGGCGAGGAAGUUGGUGCUGUUUGGGGGAAGGCUGAUCCUGGCGUACAACGAGGUGCUGUAUCCGUUUCACAAGUGGUUUCUGAGGGUGCUCGAGGGGGUCAAGGAGAAGCCCGACGGGCUGAUGGAGUGCAUCAACAGGGUGAUUGAAGAACCGUCCGAGGCGAAUGUCGAGAGGUUUUAUGAAAUGGUGAUGGGCUUCCAGGAGUGGAAGGUGAACCAUCCCCCAGGCCGGUGGGGAACACAGUUCAUGCUAGAUAAUGAGCUGACGUGGAUGACUGGGAAUACGCCAGUGGAUGAUCUGUGA